GGUGUGUGCGCUGCUCCCGCGAGCUCCCAGGCUCGGCGGCCGCGGCACGCCUAGGAUUGGCCGUAUUUUUAACAAAUUUUUAACUAGGAUUUGCGUCUCUCUGCUUCUCUCCCUCCUUACUUCCUCUAUAACUGAUUGCGAGCUUCUAGGCAAGGGCCACAGAAGGAAGGAGAGCAACGAGGAAUUAGAUCCUUGAGUGGUAACUCCUCGCUGGGCUAAGGUGGACUCUCCUGCAGCCAACUUCCUAUCAGAUCUCCCUGCUGGACUUUCAGACCGGAAUGGGGCUCGCUUAAGGUCCAGCCCUUUCCACCGGGGCGGGAGCCCAGCCGCGCGGAAGCUGCUGAGUGUUGGAUGGGGAUAGGAGGGGGCCAGAGCGGGAUUUACGCGGUGCAGCCCGCCCGGGCGUUACGCCGGGCAUAAUGGAAUUGCAGAGGACGUCUAGCAUCUCUGGGCCGCUGUCGCCAGGGUACACUGGGCAGGUGCCUUACAACUACAAUCAGCUAGAAGGGAGAUUCAAGCAGCUCCAAGAUGAACGCGAAGCCGUGCAGAAGAAGACCUUCACUAAGUGGGUCAAUUCCCACCUUGCCCGAGUGUCCUGCCGCAUCACUGACCUGUACACUGACCUUCGAGAUGGACGGAUGCUCAUCAAGCUGCUGGAGGUCCUCUCGGGAGAGAGACUGCCCAAACCCACCAAGGGGCGAAUGCGCAUUCACUGUCUGGAGAAUGUGGACAAGGCACUUCAGUUCCUGAAGGAGCAGAGAGUCCAUCUUGAGAACAUGGGGUCCCACGACAUCGUGGAUGGGAACCACCGGCUGACCCUUGGCCUCAUCUGGACCAUCAUCCUGCGCUUCCAGAUCCAGGAUAUCAGUGUGGAAACUGAAGACAACAAAGAGAAGAAAUCUGCCAAGGAUGCGUUGCUGCUGUGGUGCCAGAUGAAGACAGCUGGGUACCCCAAUGUCAACAUUCACAAUUUCACCACUAGCUGGAGGGACGGCAUGGCCUUCAAUGCGCUGAUCCACAAACACCGGCCUGACCUGAUAGAUUUUGACAAACUAAAGAAAUCCAAUGCACACUACAACCUGCAGAAUGCAUUUAACCUGGCAGAGCAGCACCUGGGCCUCACCAAACUGCUGGACCCGGAAGACAUCAGCGUGGACCACCCUGAUGAGAAGUCCAUUAUCACUUAUGUGGUGACUUAUUACCACUACUUCUCUAAGAUGAAGGCCUUGGCUGUUGAAGGAAAACGAAUUGGAAAGGUGCUUGACAAUGCUAUUGAAACAGAAAAAAUGAUCGAAAAGUAUGAAUCACUUGCCUCCGACCUUCUCGAGUGGAUUGAACAAACCAUCAUCAUUCUGAACAAUCGAAAAUUUGCCAAUUCACUGGUCGGGGUUCAGCAACAGCUUCAGGCAUUCAACACUUACCGCACUGUGGAGAAACCACCCAAAUUUACAGAGAAGGGGAACUUGGAAGUGCUGCUUUUCACUAUUCAGAGCAAGAUGAGGGCCAACAACCAGAAGGUCUACAUGCCCCGGGAGGGGAAGCUCAUCUCUGAUAUUAACAAGGCCUGGGAAAGACUGGAAAAAGCGGAACAUGAGAGAGAACUGGCCCUGCGAAACGAGCUCAUACGUCAGGAGAAACUGGAACAGCUCGCCCGCAGAUUCGAUCGCAAGGCAGCUAUGAGGGAGACUUGGCUGAGUGAAAACCAGCGUCUGGUGUCUCAGGACAACUUCGGGUUUGACCUUCCUGCAGUUGAGGCCGCCACAAAAAAGCACGAGGCCAUCGAGACAGACAUUGCCGCAUACGAGGAGCGUGUGCAGGCUGUGGUGGCCGUGGCCAGGGAGCUCGAGGCAGAGAAUUACCAUGACAUCAAGCGCAUCACAGCGAGGAAGGACAAUGUCAUCCGGCUCUGGGAAUACCUACUGGAGCUGCUCAGGGCCCGGAGGCAGCGGCUCGAGAUGAACCUGGGGCUGCAGAAGAUUUUCCAGGAAAUGCUCUACAUUAUGGACUGGAUGGAUGAAAUGAAGGUGCUAUUACUGUCUCAAGACUAUGGCAAGCACUUGCUCGGUGUGGAAGACCUGCUACAGAAGCACGCUCUGGUUGAAGCAGACAUUGGCAUCCAGGCAGAGCGGGUGAGAGGUGUCAAUGCCUCUGCCCAGAAGUUUGCAACAGAUGGGGAAGGUUACAAGCCCUGCGACCCUCAGGUGAUCCGGGACCGCGUGGCCCACAUGGAGUUCUGUUAUCAAGAGCUUUGCCAGCUUGCAGCUGAGCGCCGGGCCCGCCUGGAAGAGUCCCGCCGCCUCUGGAAGUUCUUCUGGGAGAUGGCUGAGGAGGAAGGCUGGAUAAGAGAGAAGGAGAAGAUCCUGUCCUCCGACGAUUAUGGGAAGGACCUGACCAGUGUCAUGCGCCUGCUCAGCAAGCACCGGGCAUUCGAGGACGAGAUGAGUGGCCGCAGCGGCCACUUCGAGCAGGCCAUCAAGGAAGGUGAAGACAUGAUCGCCGAGGAGCACUUUGGGUCGGAGAAGAUCCGUGAAAGGAUCAUUUACAUCCGGGAGCAGUGGGCCAACCUGGAGCAGCUCUCCGCCAUUCGGAAGAAACGCCUGGAGGAGGCCUCGCUGCUGCACCAGUUCCAGGCCGAUGCCGAUGACAUCGACGCCUGGAUGCUGGACAUCCUCAAGAUCGUUUCCAGCAGUGACGUCGGCCACGACGAAUACUCCACGCAGUCUCUGGUCAAGAAACACAAGGAUGUGGCGGAAGAGAUCGCCAACUACAGACCCACCAUCGACACACUGCACGAGCAGGCCGGCGCCCUCCCCCAGGAGCACGCAGAGUCUCCGGACGUGCAGGGCAGGCUGUCCGGCAUCGAGGAGCGCUACAAGGAGGUGGCGGAGUUGACGCGGCUGAGGAAGCAGGCGCUCCAGGACACCCUGGCUCUCUACAAGAUGUUCAGUGAGGCUGAUGCCUGUGAGCUCUGGAUCGAUGAGAAGGAGCAGUGGCUCAACAACAUGCAGAUCCCAGAGAAGCUGGAGGACCUGGAGGUCAUCCAACACAGAUUUGAGAGCCUCGAACCGGAAAUGAACAACCAGGCCUCCCGGGUGGCAGUGGUGAACCAGAUCGCACGCCAGCUGAUGCACAGUGGCCACCCGAGUGAGAAGGAAAUCAAAGCCCAGCAGGACAAACUCAACACGAGGUGGAGCCAGUUCAGAGAACUGGUCGACAGGAAGAAGGAUGCUCUUCUGUCUGCCCUGAGCAUCCAGAACUACCACCUCGAGUGCAAUGAGACCAAAUCCUGGAUUCGGGAAAAGACCAAGGUUAUUGAGUCGACCCAGGACCUGGGUAACGACCUGGCCGGCGUCAUGGCCCUGCAGCGCAAGCUGACCGGCAUGGAGCGGGACUUGGUGGCCAUAGAGGCGAAGCUGAGCGACCUGCAGAAGGAGGCAGAGAAGCUGGAGUCUGAGCACCCAGACCAGGCCCAAGCUAUCCUGUCUCGGCUGGCCGAGAUCAGCGACGUGUGGGAGGAGAUGAAGACCACCCUGAAGAACCGAGAGGCCUCCCUGGGAGAGGCCAGCAAGCUGCAGCAGUUCCUGCGGGACUUGGAUGACUUCCAGUCCUGGCUCUCCAGGACCCAGACAGCCAUCGCCUCAGAAGACAUGCCUAACACCCUGACGGAGGCAGAGAAGCUUCUCACGCAGCACGAGAACAUCAAAAACGAGAUUGACAACUACGAGGAGGAUUACCAGAAGAUGAGGGACAUGGGCGAGAUGGUCACCCAGGGCCAGACUGACGCCCAGUACAUGUUCCUGCGGCAGCGGCUACAGGCGUUGGACACCGGCUGGAACGAACUCCACAAAAUGUGGGAGAACCGGCAGAAUCUUCUCUCCCAGUCGCACGCCUACCAGCAGUUCCUCAGAGACACAAAGCAAGCCGAGGCCUUUCUCAACAACCAGGAGUAUGUUUUGGCUCAUACUGAAAUGCCCACCACCUUGGAAGGAGCUGAAGCAGCUAUUAAGAAACAGGAGGACUUCAUGACUACCAUGGACGCCAAUGAGGAGAAGAUCAAUGGUGUUGUGGAGACGGGCCGGAGGCUGGUGAGCGACGGGAACAUCAACUCAGAUCGCAUCCAGGAGAAGGUGGAUUCUAUUGACGACAGACACAGGAAGAAUCGUGAGGCAGCCAGUGAACUUCUGAUGAGACUGAAGGACAACAGGGAUCUUCAGAAAUUCCUGCAAGAUUGUCAAGAGCUGUCUCUCUGGAUCAAUGAAAAGAUGCUGACAGCCCAGGACAUGUCUUACGAUGAAGCCAGAAAUCUGCACAGUAAAUGGUUGAAGCAUCAAGCAUUUAUGGCAGAACUCGCAUCCAACAAGGAGUGGCUUGACAAAAUUGAGAAGGAAGGAAUGCAGCUCAUUUCAGAAAAGCCCGAGACAGAAGCUGUGGUGAAGGAUAAACUCACUGGUUUACAUAAAAUGUGGGAAGUCCUUGAAUCCACCACCCAGACCAAGGCCCAGCGGCUCUUUGAUGCAAACAAGGCUGAACUUUUCACCCAGAGCUGUGCAGAUCUAGACAAAUGGCUGCAUGGCCUGGAGAGUCAGAUUCAAUCUGAUGACUAUGGCAAAGACCUUACCAGCGUCAACAUUCUUCUGAAAAAGCAGCAGAUGCUGGAGAACCAGAUGGAAGUUCGAAAGAAGGAGAUCGAAGAACUCCAGAGCCAAGCCCAGGCCCUCAGCCAGGAGGGAAAGAGCACGGACGAGGUGGACAGCAAGCGCCUCACUGUGCAGACCAAGUUCAUGGAGUUGCUGGAGCCCUUGAACGAAAGGAAGCAUAACCUGCUGGCUUCCAAAGAGAUUCAUCAGUUCAAUAGGGACGUGGAGGACGAGAUCUUGUGGGUUGGAGAGAGGAUGCCUUUGGCAACUUCCACCGAUCACGGUCACAACCUCCAGACUGUGCAGCUGUUAAUAAAGAAAAAUCAGACUCUCCAGAAAGAAAUCCAGGGGCACCAGCCUCGCAUCGAUGACAUCUUUGAGAGGAGCCAGAACAUUGUGACAGACAGCAGCAGCCCCAGCGCUGAGACCAUCAGACAGAGGCUCGCCGACCUGAAGCACCUGUGGGCUCUCCUCAUCGAGGAGGCAGAGAAGCGCCACAGGCGGCUGGAGGAGGCGCACAAGGCCCAGCAGUACUACUUUGACGCGGCCGAGGCUGAAGCGUGGAUGAGCGAGCAGGAGCUGUACAUGAUGUCUGAGGAGAAGGCCAAGGAUGAACAGAGCGCUGUCUCCAUGUUGAAGAAGCACCAGAUCCUGGAGCAAGCUGUGGAGGAUUAUGCAGAGACGGUGCAUCAGCUCUCCAAAACCAGCCGGGCCCUGGUGGCUGACAGCCACCCUGAAAGUGAGCGCAUCAGUAUGCGGCAGUCCAAAGUGGAUAAGCUGUACGCCGGCCUGAAGGACCUCGCGGAAGAGAGGAGAGGGAAGCUGGACGAGAGGCACAGGUUAUUCCAGCUCAACCGGGAGGUGGACGACCUGGAGCAGUGGAUCGCCGAGAGGGAGGUGGUCGCAGGGUCCCACGAGCUGGGGCAGGACUACGAGCACGUCACGAUGUUACAAGAGCGAUUCCGAGAAUUUGCCCGCGACACAGGGAACAUCGGGCAAGAACGUGUGGACACAGUCAAUCACAUGGCAGAUGACCUCAUCAACUCUGGACACUCCGAUGCCGCUACCAUCGCCGAGUGGAAGGACGGCCUCAAUGAAGCCUGGGCUGACCUCCUAGAGCUCAUCGACACAAGAACACAGAUUCUUGCAGCCUCCUAUGAACUCCAUAAGUUUUACCAUGAUGCCAAGGAGAUCUUUGGGCGCAUACAGGACAAACACAAGAAACUUCCUGAGGAGCUUGGGAGAGAUCAGAACACAGUGGAGACCUUACAGAGAAUGCACACUACAUUUGAGCAUGACAUCCAGGCUCUGGGCACUCAGGUGAGGCAGCUGCAAGAGGACGCGGCCCGCCUCCAAGCAGCCUAUGCGGGUGACAAGGCCGACGACAUCCAGAAGCGGGAGAACGAGGUCCUGGAAGCCUGGAAGUCCCUGUUGGAUGCCUGCGAGGGCCGCAGAGUGCGACUGGUGGACACAGGGGACAAAUUCCGCUUCUUCAGCAUGGUGCGCGACCUCAUGCUCUGGAUGGAGGAUGUCAUCCGGCAGAUCGAAGCCCAGGAGAAGCCAAGGGAUGUAUCGUCUGUUGAACUAUUAAUGAAUAAUCAUCAAGGUAUCAAAGCUGAAAUUGAUGCUCGGAAUGACAGUUUCACAACCUGUAUUGAACUUGGGAAAUCCUUGUUGGCAAGAAAACACUACGCAUCUGAGGAGAUCAAAGAAAAGUUACUGCAGUUGACAGAAAAGAGAAAAGAAAUGAUCGACAAGUGGGAAGACCGAUGGGAAUGGCUAAGACUGAUUUUGGAGGUCCAUCAGUUCUCAAGAGACGCCAGUGUGGCCGAAGCCUGGCUGCUUGGACAGGAGCCGUACCUAUCCAGCCGAGAAAUCGGCCAGAGUGUGGACGAGGUGGAGAAGCUCAUCAAGCGCCACGAGGCCUUUGAAAAGUCCGCAGCGACCUGGGAUGAGAGGUUCUCUGCCCUGGAAAGGCUGACAACAUUGGAGUUACUGGAAGUGCGCAGACAGCAAGAGGAAGAGGAGAGGAAGAGGCGGCCACCUUCACCGGAGCCAAGCACGAAGGUUUCAGAGGAGGCCGAGUCCCAGCAGCAGUGGGAUACUUCAAAAGGAGAGCAAGUUUCCCAGAACGGUUUGCCGGCUGAACAGGGAUCUCCACGGGUUAGUUACCGCUCUCAAACCUACCAAAACUACAAAAAUUUUAAUAGCAGACGGACAGCCAGUGACCAGCCAUGGUCUGGACUGUGAAGUUCACUACCAUUUGUCAAGAACCACCCUUUUCAAAUCCUGUCGGUUUUGACUUUUCAGCUUCCACUUCAACCAAAAUGUUAAAAAAUUUUACUUAAUUCAUAGCCUUCCUUGGUUCCAUAUUUGUUUGCAUUUAUUUAAUUCAUGUUUAUUUGAGCCUCUUAACUGAUGGAUGCCCAGUGGCCUUAAAGCAACAUACUUAAUUUUUGUUUAUUUAUUGUGAGUUUUCAAUUUUAUUAAGAUUUUGCAGCGAUAACCCUUACAUGAGUAAUUGAAAUGAAAUUAAAUGAGAUUACAGCAUAAUGAAGAAGAAAACUAGAAUCUUAACAGGUACGACACAUCCAGUUAUACUAACAGGGCACAGCACGGUGCUGUAUGUAGCCCCCUUUAGAGAUGUUAUUAACCUGCAGUAGUUUCCUCGUGACCAGGAAGACUGGUGAAUGAGGAAGGAGACGUUCAAUGCUAAGAUGAAAGCCACAAGUCAGCUGUGUAACAUUCCAUAAAGGAUGCAUUCUUGUAGUGAAAGUGACAAAAAAAAGAAGUCUGAUAUAUUCUGGAUGCUAUUCUAAUUCGGGGCAUACAGUCUCAAAUGUUUUAGAGACCCUUGGGUCAUCAUUACUUUUUAUAGACCAGCCCCUCUCUUUCCUGCCAAGUCCCGAAUUGAGAACUGCAGGCUUAGAGCAGAUGCUGCAGCCAGCCUCGGGAGUAAAGUGCCCACUGAGGACAGCCGCCACCUCUGGUUGCUGUCAGUACCAUGGGGAUGAGGGAUGCAGCAGGUGAGAACAGUUCUCAGUGUGUUUGGGAGGCCUGCCUACCAGGCCUGUCCACUCAGUCCGUGACUUCAGGGUGUCAAAGUGUUUUAAUUUUCCAAACAAAUGGAACAAAAGCCAUUCUGGUUCAUCCUGAUUACUUGAAUGUUGGACCGGGCCUAGGAGCACUUGCUUGCCUCCUGGCUGCAUAGGUCAUUCUAGUGUCUCUGCAGACAGAAACUUCCUGUACGUCUCAGACGAAUCUUCUGAUUCGUUAUUUAUUUUCUUAAGACUUGUUGUGGAAUUCGCCGAGUGUUUUAGGAUGGCAUUUAUCCUACAUUUAGGCUACAAGCAGGGAUUGAAAGUAUCUUAACAGAAAUCCUUUCCCUUAGAAAUAAAAGCUAGUGAAAGAGGUGAUUUCCUGGUACUGAUAAAGACGAAACCAAAUCCAUUAACUACAUCAAAGCCUUGUGAGACAUUCACUUGCUCAUUUGCCAUAUUUAGAUGUGUUAGUAGAAUCAGAAACCUGUUUUGAUAUGUGUUCUCCAUGAGUUAAGUCUAAUUUGUCUUUUUAUUUCAUGAUGCAUGUCUUUUUUUUUUCUUUUGUCAGGAUAACAUCAUAUAGCAUCUUGUUUGUUUUUCCUUAUCUCUAUGUACAUAUCUAUGUACAUAUCUAUCUACUUGAGAUUGUAGAUAGGUAUAUAGAUAGAUGCCAAGCUUCUUAUGUUCUGGGAGUAGCGUGCACCAUGACUGAGUCUCUGCCUUACACACCAAAAUUCAUGUUAGAAAAAAACUGCUGCUUGGUCUUUGAUCAUUAGAAAGCCCUGACGUUUCUGGCUCCAAAUUACAUACUGUGUGUCAUUGAUCUGUAUGUAUAUAUGUGAUGUUUUCAUAUAUAUGUAUAUGUUUUUAAAUUUUGUAUCAUCAGGAAAGAUACCCAAUUUUAUGCUUUUUGUAUUUAGAAGGAUCCUCUCCCCAAGAAGGACCCACAGAAGCACACAGGAAGGCCAUACUGUGAUGCUUUUAGCGUUUGCUCUCGUACCUAUUUUUAUCUAGAUUUUUAAAUUAUACCUUCCCAGAACAAAUUUUAAUUACAAUUGGAUUGCUUUGGAAGAAGAAAAACACUUUCCAUUGUUUUGAGUGGUGGUGCAGAGACUCAGGUUAAUGAGUAGUUGACAGUAGUGUUGCUUGGUGGUGCACCUUGAAAACCAAUCAGGGGUUUCCUGUGCUACUAGUUGUCACAUUACAUUUAUAUGUUCACCUCCUGAUUUAAGUAUCUCGGGCAUGCCCGGCCACUAAAGCGCUCUGGACUAAUGGCUAAAGAGAAGCAACGUGGGGUGGGGUGGGGAGGGGGGGCAUAUUCACAUGUACCCAUCAUUGAUCGGAGCGCUAUGAUUUGCUUUUGAUGUUUGUCUCUAGUGGUGUGUUGUCUGUUGGCAUGCUUAAAGCACAUGUCCAUUAAAAUUCAUUUUGUUUCUUUUA